CCGCACAAUCGCCAUCGCUAUUUAUUUUAUUGAAUAAUCUGUACCGAAAAUGGGAACGAAACCACGAGUGUUCGUUGAGAUCCUCGCGCGUGUCGGUUGCGAAACGCACCGGGAAGAACCCUCGGCGGAACGCGACGAAAAAGAACCGCGAGAAAUCCGCGGCGACGUUCUCGGUUUUUGUCGUUGCUAAGGGGAAGUCGGAGGGCGGUAAUUAACGCGUAAUUGUUCGACCGAAGCGUGUCGAACGCGCUCGGAUAGCCCAAUUAAGCCGAGUUUUCGGCUCGUAAAAUGUAAAUUCGCCGAUUAUGGCGGAUAGAUGCGACGGAGGGUGGGGUAAAGGGAGAGCUCCUCCGGCGAGAUCUCGCGGCGCGAGGGCGAGGGGUUCGAGAGACGUUAUCGUCACGUUAUCAUCACGUGUCAGUGUUAGCUAAUAACAAGCCAAGAGGAUAGCGAAGGAAAUUGGCACGCGUCGCGCACGCGGCCCCGGUCUCUUGCUCCGGAGAGGAAGGCCGCGGAAAAGAAGGAUUCGAUGAUGGAGGGAAAAUCGACGGGACGGAGACGAAGGCCUUGCCGGCGGUCCGAUUUCCCGAACAAUAGAGCUGGAAGAGGGACGGCCGUGACGGGCCGAGGUAAAAAUCGAGGACGCGUGGCCGCCGGAAAAAAUAAUGGCCGCGUCAUCAGCUAAAAUUAAGUCGAUCGGCUCGUUAGAGCGCUCGACUGAGAUAAAACGGUCAUUUUUCGCGAGCAGUUUUCGCGACCGAAGACACACACCGUUACGCAACCGCGAUCAUAAACGUUCCCCAUUCCCCCCUCGGUUAAAUGACGCACAACGUGUCCCCCAACUGUCUACCACUCGCAUCUCCUUAUCGCCUCGAUAUCGUGACGAAUUCGCGUGAUUAGAAAAGGGCACGGUCCUCGCGCAGUCGCGAUUACAUUCGAAAGGGUUCGAAGAUUUGAAUGAUUCGAAUGACCUUGUCGAAGCGAAGACUUCUCUCCGAUUUUAACGGGACAUUUUUCAAUACGUCCAGUGCUUGAGCUGUUUUCGCUCGACUCUUCACUCGGAUCAUACAAAUUGAUAUAUUAUAUGUAAUUACUGAUUAUUGUAUAUGCAACAAUGAAACGAACUUAUUAUGGCUCGUUCUUUUGGCGUAAAUUAAUUCUUCGUUGAUUUGGUCUAAUUUUUUUCUGUUUCUUCUACGUCAACAGGAAGCGAUUAAAAAAGGUCCCGUUGAAAUAAGACAACAAAGAGAUAAAAUAGAGAAAUAUAGUCGUUUCCUGCAUGGAAAGAUGUACUGAAUAAAACAUAAAAAGAACGUGUGAGAGAGAGAGAGAGAGAGAGAGAGAGAGAGAGAGAGAGAGAGGAACUUUUGAGAAUAUUCCCUUUGAAAGGGAAUGAAAAAUAUUCCCUUUUUAACACUAUGUUAAAAAGAACCAUUCAGUAUUUACGUACUGUACGGAAUACACAAUAUACUGAGUAGAAAAAACCUUAGUCAACAGUUUCUCAGAUGUAAACAUCUUUCUUUAUGAAAUAUUAAACAGUUUUUUUUUUGACGCCGUGUAUAGUAAAUUCGUACUAAAAUACCGAGAGAGGUAAAUUAAUAAUCCUAAAAGAAACUGUUAACUUCUAUUAAAUAACUGACGUUAUCAACGGAUACUCAAUUGUUAUUGCCAUUGAUAAAUUCAUUAAAAUAAAUGCCCGGCUGUGAAUAGUCUCAUUGUUAAAACUUUUAAAUUAUUGCCAAUGGCUAAUUCGUUGACGAAAUUUUACAGACUAAAAAUAGUGUAUGCAACCUUGCUAUUAAUGUAAAUGAAUGAAUUCUUACUACUUUGAGCUUCACAAUAAUAAUAUUAUUUAUUCAUAAUAAUUAAUAAUUAAUUAAUAAUUCAAUUUUAAACGUAACCAAAAAGUUUACCUAAACAAUACAAAUCUUCCCGGAAAAGGUGAAGUUGACGUACAACGCAAAACAACGCGAAAUCAUUAAACGAGAGUGCUUUGAUCGAGCGUUGUACAAAUAAGUAAUACAUAGAUAGUCAAAAGAAAAUUUAAAUCGCACAAACACUUUUCAACUUGUUCAAUUAACAUUUUUAAUUCGCAAAACCUCGAGGAUGGCAACAAUUUCAGAUGUCGCCAGCCAACUUCGGGAAGGUUCGUCGAACUUCGUGACAAUUCGGCCGGCGAGUCAUGUGGUCAAAAUUAAGCGCGAAACCGGUGAACUUUUUUCACGAAAUAUUAAUGAUGAUGAAACUAUAAGCUGACGAAUAUUUUCAGUUACUGGGGGAUUAACCGGGGAUUUCAAUCUAACAUUGCUUCGGAUAUCAUUGCUUUUUCCAUUACUGUAAAAUUAGAUAAUCCUAAUGGCAUCGGAUACUUAAUCCGAUGUUUCUAGAAUAUCGAUCAUUCAAAGAAAAUAUCUGAUCCUCGCCAUAAAAUAUUCAUAGAAUUGUUUUCGCGAUCGAUAAUCACCGCCAGAUUAAUUGUCACUCAAGGAUCGUGUAACCAACGAACAGCCAACGUUACACAUACGUCGAAUGUUUUCUACACACUCUUGAAUAGAGUUUGCACAGUAUCGUGGAUAGGUAUGAUCAAGAGAAAUGAUGCAACGUAGAACGAUGAUCAUAAAAUAAGAGACCGAGAAUGAUUCUGAAUUUGUAUUUUAUUGCGAGUAUGCCAACUAGAUAUAUGUUUAUAGAAGCAAUGCCGACAUGGACACCCACCUUGGAAAACAAGACUCCUCGAUUACUUUGCGUAGACGCCGUUUGCGAAUGUACCGCAAUCUGAUAAUUAUUGUUGACAGAAAUUGGAAGGAGUUUGAUGAUACUAUUCGCGCAUUCACAUGUAUACCGGCGAUUUUCCGAUAUUGUUGGCUAGUGUUUCUACGAGAUGUUCUUUCGAGAAGGUACCACUGGUAACUAGUUCUCUUUCGCGAAGUUUCGGACAGCUGAAAUUGCUGGCUAAAUCGAUUGUUGGUCUAUAAUGCUGACCGGCAACUAAACAAGAAACCUAGGAAAAAUCCCUAGGACACACCUGGAAACACGCUGCCGAAGAAAUUUUAACGUCAAAAUGACUAUUGCUAUAUGCUCAAUUUGCAAGGAUAAUCUUAUAGAUUCCGAUAAUAUUUAUCACACUGAAUGCGGUCAUGUGUUCCAUUAUCAUUGUUUAGGACAAUGGCUUGAACGAUCAAAGAGUUGUCCGCAAUGUAGAGAUAAAGUUACCCGCAGCAAGAUACAUAGAUUGCACUUGACACUUUCUAAUAGUCAGGGUGCAGAAGAGGACUCCUGCUGCUUGAAAGAAAAAAUACAAAAUUUAGAGUUUAAAAUUCGGUUGAAAGAGAAAGAUAUACAAUAUUAUACUUCUAAAAACAUUGCUUUGGAUAAACAGAAUGAUGGGUUGAAAAGAGAAGUUCGAAAAGUAGAAAGUGAGCUCAGGAAACAAAGUUCAACCCUGUAUCAAUUAGAAAUGCAACAUGAAAGCUGUAGCAUUGUGAAGAAAGAACUUAUACAAAUGAAGUGUAAAGUGGAUGAACUGAAGCCAUUAGAAAUAUUACUUAAAGCUCCUGUUGGUGAUGUUAUGCGAAUGGUUGGAAAUACUAAAGACCCUGACAUUCUUAUCAGAUACAUUUCUGUUCUAAAGAAAGAAUUUGCUGAGAGCAUUAAUAAGCGCAAAAAGUUGUGCAUGACACUUAAGAAAUGUCAAGAGGAUGUUGCAAAGGCUAAUCCAAAAUAUGAAUCUUUACAGGGAGAACGAUCAAAACGAAUGGAAUUAGAAGAAAAAUUGGCUUUUUCGGAAAGCAGAAAUAUGGCUUUGCAAAAACGAGUUGAAGAAUUAGAAAAAGUAUUAGGUAUUAACGAAACCGAUAACAUACCGGGCAUUCAAGGAAUUAAUAUUGAAGGCAAUAAUGAUAAUAAGAAUGAUAAUGAUGAAAUAAUUACAAAACCGGUUGAGGUAAUGAUUAAAGAUAGAAAGAAAGAUCCAGACACGUCCCGUCAAAGGGACAUUCUAUUUAAUAAACGGAAAGAAAGAGAACCGAGUGAAUUCACUAUACCAAAAAAGAAAAAAGAAGAUGCUAAUAUAAGAAAACAUUCAAGCGCUGGCAAUCAUAUUUUUAUGGAUUUAACAUAACUCAAAACUAUUACACUUCCAUAUUUUUAAAUAGAUUUGAUAGAUAUUCAUUCUUUUAGAAAUUGGUGUGAUAUUUUUAUGUGAUAAAACUUUGUAACAUUACAGUAUUAAAGUAUGCGCCAUUUUUCGUUUUGCUAAUAAAUAAAAUACUCUACUUUCGUACAUUGUAA